GUAGUAUCCUGCAAAGUCAACAGCUGAUUGUAAACUAAAAUGUUUUGUCAACUUGAAUCACAUUUAACUAAAUAAAUCCUCAAUUCAUUCGACCGCCGACAUUGGCUACGAUUAGAAAUGGGAGCUAGUAACUAAUACUAACCUCCUUCGAUUUGUGACUGUAUAUGCACCAAUCCACCUGUUCUCCCUGUAAAUGUGUGAAAAUGACUGAUGUGUCCUAUAUGUGUGUAGCUGUGUUGUUCAUCCUGGGCCAGAUAUAAUACCUAUAGCAAGCAAAAAGAAACAAGAAGACUGAAAAGAUACACCAAGCAAACAUAAACUAAAAAAAAACACUAUAAUAUUACUGUUAGUGAGUAAGACUUUAGAGGAUCAGGGGCACACGCCCGCUUACUGGACCUCUUACGUGACGAGCUGGCAAAAUACCCCUAGUUGGUUGUGCCAAAAAAACCCCAAAGAAGAAGAAGAAAUCCUCAAUUUACCAGGAGAUUGAAAUUAGUUAAUAAACUUUAGUUAUUUAAAGUACGGAGAAGCCCAUAACACUUUCACCCUGUUCCACAUUCCAAACAAGUAAAUUUGUGCUGUGUCCAAGGAAAAUGGUGCUUUUAAGGCUUUUGAGGGCUAGUAGUUCUGGACUUUGCAAUUUGUGUUUGAAGAGAGUUGCAUUUUUAUAACGCUGUGGGUUGUGUGAAAUGCACUAUCCCAUUGUGAACUACAAACACAAUUGACUUUCUAUGAGGACUUUAGAGAAAAAUAAAAAUACUACUUAACAUUGCUACUAAUACAAAGGUGGUAAUAAUGGAUACUCAAGUAGAAACGGCAGUAAGAAUAUGCCCUAUGCUAGAUGUCAGACAAAAUCAACUGUAUGUAGAAAGUGACAGUGUAAAUAAUGUGAUCAAAGUAGCUAAUAGUAGCACCUACCAAGUAGAUCAUGCUUUACCCUACAAUUGUUCUCAGAAAACUGUAUUCAUUGAAGCCAUAGAGCCACUAAUUCAAUAUUUCCUGGAUGGAUGUGAUGUCAGUGUAGUUACCUUCGGGCAAAUAGCAACAGGCAAAACUUAUACGUUAUAUGGACCUGGCGUCCAAUAUACAAGUGAAUUCGAAUAUGGGAUGAUUCCCAGGUUCAUAAGAGAAUUUUUAACGAGGCUGAAUGGCAAAAAGCCGAAACCAAAUAUCCUGGAGGAAACAUGGUCUGUACAUAUAGCUUGGUCUCAGAUUACAGGCGCUUCCGUUGAGAAUCUACUCGACUCUCCCAGUGUGGAAGUAGGAGAUAUUUUACAUGCUUUUGAAGUCAUUCAUUUAGGCUUGACCAAUUUGGCUGGAAAAUCGGUACACACACUGUUCACCGUUACAUUAGAACAGCAUCAGGUACUGAACGGUUCAGUCCAUCGUAAAAUAUCCACCGCAAGCUUCGUUGAUCUAGCUGGAUGUAAAAAUAUUGUUUUAUGUGAUCCUCAUGGAAAGUUCCAGGCAGCACCAUCCGAUAUGGCAAUUCAAGCACUCCAAACCUGCAUAAUGCUGCUCGCUGAUCAGCAAAUUAGAAAUACUGGGACGCUGUCUAAUUCACCAAAUUCCAAUUCCAUUUCAAUUCCCUAUGAUCAAUCAGUAUUGACAACCCUUCUAAGAGAUUCGUUUGGGGGAAGGGCAAAGACUGUGUUUUUAUGUUGUGUUUCUCCGCUUAUUCAAGAUUUUGGACACACCACCUACGUGCUAAGCUUAGCUGCCAGAGUACAACUGAUAAUGAAUUAUGUAACCGUCAAUUCCUAUGUUACUCCGCAAAACCCCGCUGCUGAAAAUUUCGAUAUUUUCAGUCUUCAGUUCGCAGCUAAUCAACUUCUAAAAUUAGUAUCAAAUGCUGAGGAGUUGUUUCACAAGCUCAUUAAUGCGGGCGAUUUGAAGAAGACUGAACUGGAACAAAUCUCACAAUGGCUAAUAUUGAAACAGGAGUGUGAAGAGUGUUUAAGUAGUGCUUCAGAACCGCGUAGAUCACUGGAAAAGAUCGAAGAAGAAAUUGAAGACUUUUCUAAUGAAAACAGUUCAGAGAGUGAAGAAGACUCGGUUGAUGAUGAUGAAGAUGAUGAUGAUGAUGAACAUCAAAUUGGCUUAGAGGCACUUCUGGUGGAAUUUCAACUAAAGACUGAUAAUCUAGUUUCGGAAAGCAAUGGAGCUGAUCUUGCAUCAGCCGUACUAAGUUAUAAUUCUGGGAAAUGCUCAUCUCGUUUGAAAGCAGGGGUUAGAGGUCGACGGAAUAGCGUCCAUGUAAUUGACCAGUUGUCCAAAGUUGAAGACUUUCAAAAUCAGCCCACUGUUAGCGACGAUGGGGUGCUUGAUGAGACCGACACAAGUUAUGACUUGGAAAAACCUCUAACUGCGAAGUCUAGAGCGAAAGCUUUAAAACAGAUAAACCUGAGAAUCAAGGGUUUUGAGACGCAGAUUUCUGACCUUAAGCAGACUAUACGGAUAAAGGAGAAUCUUAUUCGCCAACUGCUAAAACACAAAGAUACCAAAACGAAUGCGUACAGUAAAGUAGAACAUAAAUUGCAGAAGCUAACGAAAGAAUUCAAAAUUACCCAGGAAAAACUGGCUCAGGCACGUAAAAAUAACAAUCACUUUCUUGAAAUUAAAUAUCGGGAAGAGUUGGAGGAAGUAGAAAAUAAACUAAAGGAUAUAAAAGAUUUGAAGAGCUUUACAGAUGAUGAUAAAAAACGGCUAAUCGAACUUGAGGAUAGUAUGAAGUGUUUUCAGAGGCAGCUGAACAAUACGACAAAGCUGAAAAAGCGAGAAGAAAAAAGGAAAAAGGAAUUAGAAUCUCUAGUGUUGGAUGACAAAGUAACUGUUUCCAAUGAAAAAGUUGAUAAAUCCAAACAAAGCUACGAAGAUUCUAAAGCUUUGGUAUUACUUAACAAGUCCAAUUCUGAUGUGGAAGACAGUAGUUUGUCAGUUUCAAGUGAAAUGCUGGAUAACCAUAGGCAUGAAAUACGAAAUUUGCGAAAAUCUCGCGAGUUUCUUGUAGAUCAACUGUGCCAAUUGGACUCCAAAUUAAAAAAGAAGCAAUUUUUAAACGAUUUGGAAGAGAGGCAACUCGUUCAGUAUGAAGAAGCCAUUGAAGCAAUCGAUAUGACCAUUGAAUAUAAAAAUGAGCUUCUUUGCGGAAAACGCAAUAUUCAUGAAAAGACGAUUGAAAAAGUGGAAGAACCAGCCGAAGUUUUGCUAAUGGAACGAUUGAUGCAUUUUACCGAAAAUGAACUCCGCAUGUUGUUAUACAAAUAUUUUCAGAAGAUUAUCGAACUUCGAUUAAGUGGAAAAAAACUGGAAUUGCAAGUUAUAGAUUAUGAAAAGCAGAAUGAAACAAUUGCAAAUAGAGUACAAAUUUUAAGCCGCAACUUGCAGCAAGUUCGACUGGAAGGCGAACGGCGCGUUGUAAAUUUACAACAGCAACAUGAAGACAAGAUUCAUCUCGUUUUGAGGCACUUGGCCAAUGACAGUGGAGGUGGGGACGACAGCAAAAUAAUGCGCAUAUUUGGAAAACAAUCAAUACCACGACCAGUUGCUGGAUCGACCAGUAAAGUUAACAAAAGCAGCUUAAUUACAAGAAUAACCCGUAUUGCCCGAACUGAAAUUGUUCCCAGGCAGCUUCAAAGCGUGCUGCCUUCUCCACAGGCUAAAAUUACAAGGGAAAAGAACAAGCUGUUUAUACAGCAGACGAAUAAUUCCGAAUUAUGAAUGUGAUAUAUUUGUAAGGAUUACAUUUGAUAAUGUGUUUCAAAAUUGUAAAAUAAUGUAAGCAUGUAUUUCAAAAUUGAUGUGGCACUGCAUAUCGGAGAAUCAGCUCGGCGAAAUAAGCCAAACAUUUAUAUGAACAUGGUUUGCAAAUGCUGUGUCUAGAUGCAGAAUUUUUCCUUUUUUCGUUGGUUUGUUUAUUACUUGUAUGUAAAAGAAUUUACAAGACUACGUUUCUUUACGGUUUUUCUGUGAUAUUUAAUGUAACCCACUGAACAUAGUUUGUUUUUGUCAGUUAACUUUGUGGAAAUGUUUUGUAAAAUUAAAUGCAGAUUUCUAAAAUCAUUAA